UAUACGACUGAUCAGUAGCAUUGUGAAAUGCUGACGUCUUUCGUGGCCCCAUACGUCAAAAAUGACAUUAUGACUUUUGACUGAGGCGGAGUAUAAUUUACGCUGAAGACGGUGAAGGUUUCAGGACCACAUCAAGCGAGGAAUUGAGACGUUGAGAGGACGUUUUUUGGAUCUUUGGCAACAGAAAGUCGUUUUGGAUCAGAAAGUAUCAUUGCUAGAACAAAGAUAAUGCAAUGUCCAACGCCAGCAACAACCGCGACAAAAACAAGCUGGUCACUGCAAAGCAGAAGGGGGUCGGUGCCGAAAAGCAGCAUCAGCAGCCAAAUAAACAAGGGAAUCACAAUGGGGGGCACAAGAGUGUCAACGGCGGGGAGUCAAGUAACAGCAAAAACGGAUCUCGGCCCCAGUCCCGGUCCGAUGGAAACUCCACAAACAGCAAGAACUCAAGCAACGGAAAAGACAUCAAGGGCGGGAACGGAAAGCCGAGCGAAAACGAACAGAACAGGGAGAACGGAGACAUCAAGUCCGGCAAAAACUCUCCACAGUCGGGCAACAACACGAGGAGAGGUGCGGAUUCAGACAGGAAGAACAGCACCACCUACGGCAGGAAUUCAGCAGCCGCGACGGGAAACGACGUCAACGGUUCAAACGGCAGCAACUCGGGCCGUAAUUCUCAGUCCGCGGUAUCCGCCGCCUCAAAUGGUUAUUCCCGCGAUGGAGCAGCCUCGGAGCCCAAGGCAGGUGCUUCAAGAACAAAGAGCCGUGCUAGCGGAGACCCAAAAUCUGAUGAUGGUACAUCAGAUGCAAAUGAUUCAAGAACAACUUCAAGAGCAGCGACAAGCAAUGUUGGGCUACAGAGAAAUCCACGUUGGGGGCGUGAAAGCUCCGGCGAGACCUCCGACCCAGGCAAGAGAGCCAAUAGCGGUAACAUACGUCCUUCCUAUUAUAAUAGUUCCGACCCCUUCGGAGAAAAAGUCGAAAGGGUGAUGGAGAGCCCAAGGCCGAGGAAUCCUCCUCAUCAAAAGGCAUGGAAACAGAAAAGUGGCGCCGGGGGGAUCAAGCGAAGCAGUCGUUCUACAUUGACACCGGUGUAUGAGAGUCCUGCCCGUAGUGAGAGGAGCCUAGCGGAAUCGGACGAGUCAGAAGACGACGGCGAGAAAAAAAAAUGCCAGAAAUGUGGAGACUUUCACCACCUUCUACAGUCCGAGGCUUGCGAUCACAACGUAUGCAAACAUUGCCUUCCUGAAGAUGUUGACGGCAUCAAUGUUGACACUGAUUGUCCAGUUUGCCACCGGAAAUUCCUCUACGGUGACGCACCGGGAAGAUCUGACCAACCAACACUAAACCGAUUCCAUUUGAUUAAAGAUAUUUACGCAGCAAUCCGUCCAACAUCUUGCCAGCGCUGUGAGGAGUCAAACCAGAAAACGGAGGUCGCGUCAUGCGCAUGCCGCGAUUGCGCACUGUAUUUUUGCGAACCAUGCGCAGAUGCCCACAACCUUGAGAAUUUCUCCGAAGGAAAAGGCUGGAAAAAUCACCACAUUUUUCUCAUUGAAGAACUAAGAGAACAAAAUGCUUUGCCGCCGGUUAAAAGUGGUCCAUCUACCGCGGAAGAGCUCCUUUGCCCAAAACAUGAGGACAGUCACGCGACCUGCUACUGUAAGACAUGUCGACGUGCCUUCUGCGCUCCCUGUCGAGAAGAGCAUCCUGCACCCAAACAUGACUUCCUGAAUGAGUUAGAAACGAAAGUCUACUUGAACGAGAUUAUCAGCAAGGUCUACAAAGCAACAAGCUAUGAUGUCAGAGCAUUCGACCAGUUUUCAGCUGCUAUUCGUAUGAAAAGAGAUCGAUCAGAAAAAGAACUGAGUAAGCAGAAAAUGGAGGUUAUAGCAAAGUGCAAUGAGUUGAUCAGAGCAAUGGAGAAGAAACGAGACGCCGUUGUUGAUAUGCUUGACGCCCAUGCGUCGGAUUUAAAGGAAAUGGGAAAUCACAUACAGGAGGGCAUCCGUGAUGAGAGAAGAUACGCGGAUGCCAUGAAAAAAUUACUCGGCAUUUUUAAUGAAGAUGACGUCAACAGUGACGACGGAGAACAAGCUGACCCCGAUUAUCGUCUGCUCAGAAUCGGCGAGUUUGUGGAUCGAAACCAGGCAGCACUGGAGCAGACGGAAUGCUCCGAUGACAUGAUCGCUGAAGUCAACAACAUUUGUAAAAUGCAACACGAUGUGAAACUACUGACGCGAAAACGAGAGGAGAUUUUCGACUUGGUUGAAGAUCAUAUUUACUUAGACACUGUUGAGGAUUACUGGCUAAAUGACGAAGCUCUUUUGGCCAAACAACACCUGCGUCACGCUGCUGAUAAUUCGGUUUGUCACGUUGGUGCCUUCAGGGAGACGGGACUUCCGUACUACCAGUUCCUGUGGCCGAUUACGGAAAAAUACCGAGAGUAUUACGGCAAAGAGACAUUCACUUUACAUGGCAACACACUCCAGGUUGAAGAAGGGACGACCCCCGAUUUGAUCCAAAGUGACAUUUUCAAAAGUAAACAGUUUCAGGUUUUCGUCAAGGCGUCUUCUCAACGACUGGAAAAAACGGAAGUACAACUCUUCCGAAAUACGGAAUACUCAAGAUUGUUCACCGCUGGAACCGGAACUCGGCCUCUCUCAGGAUUGGUAAGCUUCCGCCAGAACGAAGUGGAAAAGACCAUGUCAAUGGUGUCUGGGUCAAAGGUCACGUUGGUGAAAGAUGACCGCAUCGCCGGGCGGCCACAUGUCGGAAAAGGCUCAAAGGUCGCAACGCUCGAUAAGUCAGGCAGUCUGUUUAUUCCGUUUCUGAUUGGAAAAGUCGUGAUCCGAUCACAGAUUUCUGACAACGAGGAGGUCAUUCAUCUUGGAAGCGAGGAACACGCGGUUAUGUACACAUUCGAUAAAGAACGCGAGUAUCUCUGGACGGUGGACGCCGCAGAUAAUGUCGUCAAAGUUUACGACUAUCGCAAAUUAGCCUUCCUUUACGGAAUAGGUGUCCAUGACUAGACGAUAAAGUGGUCAAGUCUUUGACAAUGAUCGUGUGUCGAGCACCGACUCCUGGGGCAGUCCAUUAUGUCAUCGUUAUUGGACAUCCUUGCCGUGCCAGGCGACAGGACGAGGCCGGUCAGCUGCGUCCGGAGUGUAAUUGAGCAAGGGCAGGCCCAACCAGCAUCUAGGCUCAACAUUCAGAGCAACGAGUUUUAGGCUAAGACCCUGGGACUGGCCAAAAUAAUCGUCGAAUUCGCAUCCCCAGUAGCUUUCAUCUUUUGAAAUUACAAUGUACAUGUACAAUGUAUUUGUGUUUUAUUCUACAUUAAACAUAUUCCAGACUCAU